GGGCGGACGUGCAUGCGAUGUGAAGACGGCAGCCGACUCACCAUGCCAGCCAAGCGCCCAGGCAGGCGCGUGAUGCUAACUGCCUAGAAAAAGAGGGAGCAGACAAAGAGGAGGAGGAGGGGAGAACAUUGUUUCUUUCUUGCAGGGAACAACAACAAGGCAGGUCACCCCCCUUCUUCAGCGAGACGUGCUCCCGCGUCCGCUCGCUCGUACUCCCGCUCACGCUCCGCUGCAGCUGAAUGACAGGUGAAUUCUUGUUUGAUUAUGCGUUGCCGCUACUGCUGCUGCUGCAUGAAGUCCUCCGCUUUGCAGGAGCUGCCAAGUCUGGAAGUCUAUUUUACUUUUUUUUUUACUGCAGUGAUGUGCACCACGCAGCCGACAGGGUUUUGGGGGAAAGGGGUGGUCUUUGUGACCUUCCCAGAAUCACACGGAGGGGGAGGAGCAGCUGGGGGGUCUUGCUGCUAGCCCUUUUUCCUCUCUUUUUGUGAAUGGAGCUCCAAAUAGCAUUUGGCUCGCUGAGCUAAAAUUAGCAGGAUUUUUUUUCCCCUCCAGACUGCAUCAUCAGCAUCUUCUGAUGAUGAUGUCGAAGUAAUUCUAUAAAUUGCACACUCGCGCAGCUUGAGAAUCGCGCCUGCCCUAGAACGUCAUGCACCAAUUUUAGAGCCGCUCUAAAAAUAGCUUUUGUUGAUAAUGCCCGAGACCUAUUCCUCCGGAUGAGGACGAGAAGCCUUCCGAUGGAAGCCUUUAUCGCCAUGACCCUGUCGCUGGCGGCGGCCACCGCGAGUGGCCUCAACUCCUCCUCCCCCCUGGACUCGUCCACGCCCUCGUGGUCGUGGUGGGGUCUCUCGGAGGAAGCGUCCAACUUUUCCUCGGAGCCGACGGUGCAGAUGAGCCCCGAGCUGCGGCCGGCUGGCCCGGAGGUGAGCCCGUGGGACGUGGUGCUGUGCGUGACGGGCACGCUCAUCUCCUGCGAGAACGCGCUAGUCAUCGCCGUGCUUUUCUACACGCCUACGCUGAGGGGGCCCACCUUCAUCCUGAUCGGCUCACUGGCGGUGGCCGAUCUCCUGGCCGGCCUGGGCCUCAUUCUCAACUUUGUCUUCACCUACCUGGCCGACGGGUCUCCGGAGCCGGUCAGCCUGCUGUCGGCGGGACUGCUGCUGUCGGCCUUCUCGGCGUCCGUCCUCAACAUCCUGGCCAUCACGGUGGACCGCUACCUGUCGCUGUACAACGCACUGACCUACCACACUGAGCGGACGCUGACCUUCACCUACGUGAUGGUGCUCUUCAUCUGGCUGUCGUGCGUGACGCUGGGCCUGCUGCCGGCGCUGGGCUGGAACUGCCUGCGAGACGAGACGGCGUGUAGCAUCUGCCGACCGGUCACCAAAAGCAACGCCGUGGCGCUCGCCGUGGCCUUCCUGCUGGUCUUCGGUCUCAUGAUGCAGCUCUACCUGCAGAUCUGCAAGAUCGCCUUUCGCCACGCGCAGCAGAUCGCCGUGCAGCAGCAGUUUGUGGUUAUCUCCACCACCAAGGGCGUCUCUACGCUGUCGGCCAUCUUGUGUGCCUUCGGGGCGUGCUGGCUGCCGUUUGCCAUGUACUCCAUCGUGGCCGACUCCAGCUACCCGGCCGUGUACACCUAUGCCGCGGCGCUGCCCGCCACCUGCUGCUCCGUCAUCAACCCCGUCAUCUACGCCUUUCGAAACCCGGACAUCCAGAAAUCGCUAUGGAUGGCCUGCUGCGGCUGCGUCCCGUCCAACCUCUCGCUCAGACCGCGGGCCUCCAGCGACGUGUAGCCCGGGAAGGUGGGAUCUGGCGGCGGAAGCUGAUACUCUACGCGCGAGCAGCCUGGGACGCGACCUUGGGGCCGGCCAAACUCUCUUUGAGGCCUUUCUCAGGAGUAGCAUGAACACCAGGACCCUGUCGAGCAAGCCUGUCCCACAAACAAGGCCAUGAGGCGGAGGCUUCAAGUGUGGAAUCAUCUCAUCGCUCCAUUGAGUUCCAUCACAAGCACAUUUGGACCAACAAGCGCACAAUCCAAAGCAAAAGUAAGAGAGGGAUAGCAUGCGUCUGACGUCAACGCUAACCCUCCCGCUAUGCGCGAGGGAAGCAUGUGGCCUGAAUUAGGCACCAAGGACAGCGCCACGGCCAGUCGGGCUGGCGGCCGGGGUGGGCUCGUUUCCUUCAGCGUGCCUCGUGAUCGGAUCACAGCCUCUUCUGUCAACGGCCCGAUUCAGAGGAAACAAUGUGACAAAGUGCUCUUUGAGCUGGUAUCUGCUUUCACAGACCCAUCAAGAUGUGCCAUCUAAGUUUUUUUCCAUAACGUGUUUUGCAGAGACGACAUGAAAUGUGUCGACGACGUUCAAAUGCGGUAAAGGAGGAUUGGGGGGGACUUGACGGUGAACUCGAGGGGAAAUGGUUGGUGAACACAAAACCAAAAGCGCAGGUUGUUGGUGUGCAUUCUAACUUGCGCACAUCUUUCACGGCCAUUCGGUGUUUUCUUUUGGCUCUCGUGUAACAUUUCCAACAAUUUGUCAGAGACACACCAAAGCUGGCUGUGAGGUCAGCAUAACCAUCAAUUAAUCAUUCGAUCUGAAGCACAUGUUUUGCAGUCAACUCUUGCACAGAAGCUAACUUUUGGUACACGUUAAGCUAGUUAUAGCGCAUACAGUGCGUGAGGUAGCUCGUGGGUAUUUGUCGUUAUCGCAAGAUGAUUGUUCAGGGUAGCUUGGCGCCGGUAGAACACACUGAUAAACGCAAUCUUCUGUUAGCAACACGCACAGCUCCAGAAUUUGGAGAGGGGGAAAAGGGGGGCAUGUGACUAAUACAUAGGGAGCUCGGAAAAUAAUUAAAAUAAAUAAAUAUAAUUAAUUAUACUUAAUCAAAUAAAGGGGCUUAAACGAGGCUAUAAUAAUUUUUGAGGAGGCCAUAGCCCAUCCUAGCUCAAGUGUAGCGCCAUCCCCAAAAAGUCAUUCUGGUGAAUGUGGCAUCAUGUAAAACAGUGGUUCCCAACCUUUUAUGCACCAAAUAAUACAUUUAUAUAAAUAAAUAAAACAUUUAUAAUAAAUAUAUA